CGCGUCGAAGAUCCAGGCCCGGCCGCGAGGCCAGAGUCGGAGAGCGCGGUACCCUGAGCUGUGGGCUUGUGAAAGGUGGCUCAGUUUUACCCUAGCCGUACGUUAACACGUCUCACCGAGCAUAUGUUGCGCUUAAUAAUCGAGAAAUAAUGCAUCUUUUCCAAACUUUCGUCAUACUUUUAAACGUUUGCCCAAACGUGUGGUUGCGACUGGAAAUGGGGCAGUGAGAUCAGGAAAGCCAAAGAGAUGAGGAUGACAGAAAGAACUGCACGGGUGAGCCAUAUUUGCAGCAGUCCAUCUGUGGCAACAGAGAAGAAAAGAGUGGAAAUACAUGUGUUGGAGGGAAGCAGAAAGGUCAGAGAAGAGAAGAUGCUCCUCUACUGGCUUUGGAGAUGGAGCCACAAGCCAAGAGAGUGCGGGAGGCCUUUAGAAGCUGGAGAAGCAAAGAAGGGGAUUCUCCCUAGAGCCUCCAGAAAAAAACACAGCCCUGCCAACAUCUUGAUUUUAGGACUUCUGACCUCCAGCACUCUAAGCUCAUGGAAGGCAGGGACUGCACCCUGGCCCCGGUGGAUCCCCAGCGCCCAGCGGAGUGGCCAGCAUGGGGGUACUUCAUCGGAAGGAGGAAGAGAAAGAACAGACUCGUAGAGCAACUGUGAGGCGUCUCCGUGUUGAGGUGAUGUUGAAACCUCCACACCCUCCAUCCUCUGAAGUUUGCUGUGCCCUCGGGGCUCUGCCAUUGUUCUCUGUGAUGUUAGAGGUAACUGGGAGAGUGUCCAAGGUCUUCGUUGUGGCACACAGGAUCUUCACUGUGGCAUGUGGGAUCUUUAGUUGUGGCAUGCAGACUCUUAGUUGUGGCAUGUGUACUCAGUUGUGGCCUGCGGGCUUAGAGCAUCCUGCGGCAUGCACGCAGCAUCUAUUUCUCCAACCAGGGAUUGAACCUAGGCCCCGUGCAUUGGGAGCGCGGAGUCUCACCUACUGGACCACCAGGGAAGUCCUGUGGAGAAGACUUUUAAGUACGUGGGCCUCUCACUGUUGUGGCCUCUCCCGUUGCAGAGCACAGGCUCCGGAUGCGCAGGCUCAGUGGCCAUGGCUCAUGGGCCCAGCUGCUCUGCGGCAUGUGGGAUCUUCCCGGACCGGGGCACGAACCCGUGUCCCCUGCAUCUGCAGGCGAACUCUCAACCACUGCGCCACCAGGGAAGCCCGCCAGUUUCUUUUAUAGAACAGAGAGGGAGAAGAGCCAUGUCCAUGACAAAGAGUGCCGGGGGUCCCCAGGGAGCUGUUGACCUCAAACUGGACCUCAAGCCCUCUUCCGAAAGUGCCAAGAAGUUUCAGAACAAGGAUUCCAGUUUCUUGGAUGGAAGCCCUUCUGAGUCGCCGGACUUGGAAACGACCAAGGGCAUAACAGCAUUCCAGGCCUUGGUUCACCUGGUGAAAGGUAACAUAGGCACAGGGGUCCUGGGACUACCCCUGGCUAUGAAGAAUGCAGGCAUCCUGGUGGGCCCUCUCAGUUUGCUGGCCAUGGGCUUCAUCUCCUGCCACUGUAUGCACAUCUUGGUCAGGUGUGCCCAGCGCUUCUGCCACAGACUUAACAAGCCCUUUAUGGACUACGGGGAUACGGUGAUGCAUGGACUAGAAGCCAGCCCCAGCACCUGGCUCCGGAACCACGCACACUGGGGAAGGCGUAUCGUGAGCUUCUUUCUUAUAGUCACCCAGAUGGGCUUCUGCUGCGUGUACAUUGUGUUUCUGGCUGAUAAUUUAAAGCAGGUAGUGGAAGCGGUUAAUAGCACAACCAACAACUGCCAUUACAACAGGACAGUGAUCCUGACGCCCACCAUGGACUCGAGACUCUACAUGCUCGCCUUCCUGCCCUUCCUGGUGCUUCUGGUGUUCGUCAGAAACCUCCGAGCCCUGUCCAUCUUCUCCCUGUUGGCCAACAUCACCAUGCUGGUCAGCUUGAUCAUCAUCACCCAGUCCAUCAUCCAGGGAAUUCCAGACCCCAGCCGCUUGCCACUGGUAGCAAAUUGGAAGACCUACUCGCUCUUCUUCGGAACAGCCGUUUUUUCAUUUGAAAGCAUUGGUGUGGCUGUACCAGUCGGUCAAGAUCCUCUACAUAAUUGGCAUCCUGUGCACCUACGCCCUGCAGUUCUACGUCCCUGCAGAAAUCAUCAUUCCCUUCGCCACCUCCCAGGUGUUAAAGCGCUGGGCACUGCCUCUGGAGUUGUUCAUCCGCCUCGCCAUGGUCAGCCUGACAUGAUUAUGCAAACCUUGAUUCACUUAUUGAAAUGCAACAUUGGCACGGGGCUCCUGGGACUUCCUCUGGCCGUGAAAAAUGCCGGCUUAUUGGUCGGUCCUUUCAGCCUGCUUGCCAUUGGGAUCCUCACUGUGCACUGCAUGGUCAUCCUGUUGAACUGUGCUCAUCGCCUAAGUCAGAGACUGCAAAAGACUUUUGUGAACUAUGGAGAGGCCAUGAUGUAUAGCCUCGAAACCUGCCCAAAUGCCUGGCUGAGGACCCACUCAGUGUGGGGAAGGUACACUGUCAGCUUUUUAUUAAUCAUCACCCAAUUGGGCUUCUGCAGUGUUUAUUUUAUGUUUAUGGCAGACAAUUUACAACAGAUGGUGGAAGAAGCCUACGUGACCUCCAACACCUGCCAACCCAGGAAGAUCCUGGUGCUCACCCCCACCCUGGACAUUCGUUUCUACAUGCUGGCAAUCCUGCCCUUUCUGAUCCUACUGGUGUUUAUCCAGAACCUCAGGGUGCUGUCCGUCUUCUCAACACUGGCCAGUAUUACCACCCUGUGGAGCAUGGCUCUGAUCUUUGAGUAUAUCGUGCAGGAGAUUCCAGAUCCCAGGAACCUACCCUUGAUGGCAAGCUGGAAGACUUUCUUGCUGUUCUUCGGUACAGCCAUCUUCACGUUUGAAGGCGUCGGUAUGGUUCUGUCUCUCAAAAACCAGAUGAAGCAUCCACAACAGUUUUCUUUUGUUCUGUACUUCGGGAUGUCCCUUGUCAUCGUCCUCUACAUCUGCCUGGGGACACUGGGCUACAUGAAGUUUGGGUCGAACACCCAGGCCAGCAUCACCCGCAACUUGCCCAAUUGCUGGUUGUACCAGUCGGUCAAGCUGAUGUACUCCAUCGGCAUCUUCUUCACUUAUGCCCUCCAGUUCCACGUGCCAGCUGAGAUCAUCAUCCCCGUCGUCAUCUCCCAGGCGUCAGAGAGCUGGGUGCUGUUUGCAGACCUGUCUGUCCGCACGGCCUUGGUCUGUCUGACCUGUGUCUCAGCCAUCCUCAUCCCCCGCCUGGACCUGGUCAUCUCCCUGGUGGGCUCUGUGAGCAGCAGUGCCCUGGCCCUCAUCAUCCCGCCCCUCCUGGAGCUCAUCACCUUUUACCCUGAAGACAUGAGCUGUGUCACCAUUGCAAAGGACAUCAUGAUCAGCAUCCUGGGCCUUUUGGGCCAUAGAAGACAGAACUGAAAACAAUAGGAAUUUACAGAGGGAUCAUUCUGGGAUUGCUAUUAGGAAGAUCUUAACAAUCAUAGUGAAGUUACAACAGAUGGAACUACCUCAAGAAGAGAUGGGCUGCCUGGACCCUGUUGCGGAAGCUACAAAAGGACU